AUGGCUGGAUUGAAGCGUCCUGUUGACGGCAGCGAGGAGCGCAAUGGUAAGCGAAGCAAGACGAAAGAAGGCUCCGCAUCGAAGAACUCGAAGACCGCUGCGCCUGUGAAGAAGUCGAGCUCUUCAUCCAAGAAGGACUCAAAGAAGGAAUCAAAGUCCAGCAAGAGUGACAAGAAGCCCUCAAAGAAGGUUCAGAAGGAGGAGUCCUCAGACGACGACUUCGAUAUUGACGAUGUGUCGGACGAAGAUAUCGAUGCCCUUGAUGCCCUUUCAGAUGACGAUGCCGCGAUGGAGGAUGUGAGCGAGGAGGAAGAGAAACCUCAAUCAGAGAAGAAGGUUGCUGCAACUGAAGAGCAACAGGAGGCACCAAGAAACCCCAACAACAACUCUCGCGAAUCCCACAUCAAGCAAAAGGCUCUCCAGCAGGAGCGCAAGGCCGCAAAGCCUAAUGCCGAUACCGUCGCCCGCUCUAAGAAGUUGUGGGAGCAGUUGCGCCGCAAGUCACAUGUGCCUCUGGAGCAGAGAAAGAAGCUCGUCAAGGAAUUGUUCGAGAUCAUCACCAACCGCGUUCGCGACUUUGUUUUCAAGCAUGACUCGGUGCGAGUCAUUCAGACUGCUCUCAAGUACGGCAACCUUGAGCAGCGCAAGCUGAUUGCGCACGAAUUGAAGGGCACCUACAAGGAACUGGCACAGAGCCGAUACGCCAAGUUCUUGGUUGGAAAGCUGAUUGUACACGGAGAUGACGAGACCCGCGACCUGAUCAUUCCAGAGUUCUACGGCCAUGUCAGGCGUCUCAUUCGUCACCCCGAGGGCUCGUGGAUUCUUGACGACAUUUACCGUACAGUUGCAACUAAGGCACAGAGAGACAGACUACUCCGCGAAUGGUACGGUCCUGAGUUUGUCAUUUUCCAGGAUGAGAACGACUCCGACUCCGAUCUUGCCAGGAUCAUUGAGGCGCGCCCAGAGAAGCGUGGACCGAUCAUGAACUACUUGCGUGAGAUGAUUAACCAGCUGGUGCAGAAGAAGAGCACUGGUUUCACCAUGCUUCACGACGCCAUGUUGCAAUAUUUCCUCAGCACAAAACCCGGCAGCAACGAAGCGAACGAAUUCAUCGAAUUGCUCAAGGGCGAUGAAGAGGGUGACCUGGUCAAGAACUUGGCUUUCACCAAGUCCGGCUCCCGCUUGAUGUGUCUGACUUUCGCAUACGCCAACGCCAAAGACCGCAAACUGCUUCUACGAUUCUACCGCGAUACCGUCAAGGCCAUGGCCGGUGAUAUCAACGGUCACCAGGUCAUCCUUGCCGCAUACGAGGUUAUUGACGAUACCAAACUUAGUGCCAAGUCCCUCUUCCCCGAGCUUUUGAACCAGAACGACGGUGCAGAGGCUCGCAACGAGGAACUCUGCUUCCAGAUCAACGACUUGACUGCGCGUAUUGCUGUGCUAUACCCCUUCGCCGGUGAGCGCGUCAAGUGGCUCGUACCCGAUACCGACCAGAAGGUUCUCGAAGAAGUCCGCGAGAUCCGCAAGGAAACCUCCAAGAAAGACCCGGAUAUGCGCCGUCGAGAACUUGCUAAGGCUGCGUCGCCGACGCUACUUGAACUCAUCGCUGCCCGCGCCUCUACUCUUCUCGAGACGACUUUCGGCUGCCAGUUCCUCUCCGAGGUGCUGUUUGAAGCCGAUGGCGACAAGACCGCCGCUCUCGCCGCCGUGGCCGAGGCCGCCAAGUCACACACUGAGGCCCGGGACACCGCACACGCAGGACGUCUCCUUAAGUCUCUUGUGCAAGGUGGACGGUUCAACCCGGCCACCAAGACCGUCGAAAAGGUGGAGCCAGCAUUGAACUUCGAUGCUGUGCUGUAUGAACAGAUCCAGGAUGAGGUUAUGGACUGGGCGACAGGGGCUAACCCCUUCGUGAUUGUUGCGCUGACCGAGUCCGAGGACUUUGAAAAGAAGAGUGAGCUGCUCAAGACCUUGAAGAAGAACAAGAAGGCGUUGGAGAAGGCCUCGGCAUCGGUUGUGGAGAAGGAUGGGAAGAAGAAGCCCAGCCCCACGAGCAGUGGUGCAAAGCUGCUACUUUCGAAGAUUUAG